AUGGGUGAUAAGGUUGCACUUAUCUUUGGUUAUGGACCCAAUGUCGGGUUCGCCAUUGCAGACUCACUCGCAUUGCACGGCUACAAAGUCGCCGUAGUCUCGCGAUCAGAACAUCUUUCAGAUGCUGCAAAGAAUAAUCUCCAGAUCCAAGCCGGUCUCUCGGUCCCAUCCUCAGUUGAGAACAUUUUCACUAGAGUCAUCGGAGAACUCGGACAUCCAACAGUUGUUGUCUACAAUGGUAAGUUACUCUGUGUUUAUUUCAAGGGCGUGGAAUUCUUGAGGGGUGAGGUGCUAAGAUAUCUCCUAGCUUCUGCGGUCGGCGUCAAUCCAUCGGCUCCUCAAAUCUCUCAAUUCGAGUCCGCAAACAAUGUCAAUAUUGUCUCUGCAUAUGUUGCAGCACAAUUCGCAGUCAAAUCCUUCGCCCAAUUACCACCCGAGUCACCCAGAACAUUCAUCUACACCGGAAACAAGCUUCCCUUGAUGGUCGUACAACCACUCCUACUCCAAGGAGUGGGCAAAGCUGGUGCGGCGCACUUGAUUCAUUACUUAGCCGAGGAGUACAAAGGCAAGGGCUACAAGUCAAUAUUCAAGUAUAGGCUCUUUCAGGAAUUCUACUUUGCGGAUGAGCGUAAGCCGGAUGGAGAGCCGGUUUAUUCUGCCAUCGAUGGGUCCGCUCACGCUCACUUCUACAUCCAGCUAGCUGAGGAUAACAUGCAAGAACCAUGGUUUGCAACUUUUGUCAAAGGACAAGGUAUGUUUUUUUCCCGGAAACAUUAA